UUCUUACAGAUAAAGGGCCCGGUUAUAGGUUUACCCCUGACAUCCUGCCGUUUCCAAAUCACCGCCGUCAAGACAGGCUCUCUUGCUCGCAGGAUAUCCCACACAAGCCCCGCUCCAUAAGUAGUUCACAUCCAGACAGGCUUUGGAAAAUACAUACGAACUAGCAGGUACACGGAGAGAGUAAAGACAACCCGUUCCUCAGGAGGAGUGUGUCUCAGCUGCUGGACCCCCUGGUCAUGUCCCUGGUUCAGCAGAUCCCUGGAGUAGGGAUGGUCAAAGCAAUGGCCCUGCUCCAGCACUACUCUAGCAUCCACCAGCUGUACAACGCAGGGACCCAUGAACUGGAGCCCAUCGUGGGCCAGGCCAUGGCUCAGCACAUACGCAACUUCUUCCACAACCCAUUAGUCUGACUCUGACAGCACGGCACAGCUCAUUGACAAAUCAUUACUUGUUUAUGUUCAAGUGUGUAAGGAGGGGGCACACGUGAACCUGACACAAUGUUGUAAAGCUAAAGACUCCCUAGUUUGGAAUGUAUAUUUUUUUCACAUCUCGAUGGAAUGUGACUGACUGACCACUAGAUGGAGUAAGAUGCCUUUUCCUUAUCCAGAACAAUUCAUAAACUUCCAUUGGAACAAUACAACCUUAAGCAAGGCCUGUUUUACUUGAACUGAUAGCGGGUGCCAACGGAAAUACUAUAUGACAACCUUUUUCCAACCCAUGUCAGGGCUUCCUUGGAACUCAAACAGAAACCACAGAUCCCCUGGCUUAGUUCAAUCCAUUUGCACUGAAUCAUUUUGUCUCAAUGGAGGAGUACUUUCUUGGCAAGGCUGUGGAAGGCCUUCUUUCCAAAUCCACAGUCAGGACUGCCUUUUAUUCCAGUCUGACCAUGUGACCUGGGCUGGCUGCAUGGAGCUUUCCCUGGCCAGUGACUUCCCCCUGUGACACUCCAUUCCAUCCCAAUCCAACAAGAAGUAACAUUGGCAUGCUGGCCAAAGCAUGAAUUGACUGAAUUAAUUAACUGCUACCUCAGCUCAUAUCCAUUCUUAAUAACUGGAACUUACAUUUUUUUUAUAUACUGGACCUAAAAAAAAAUGUAAGUUUACUAAUUUGGGGAUUUUAUUAAUGUUAUUACAUUUGGUCUGGACAGUCUUUGUUUGCUUUAUUUGUUUAUGUAUUAUUUCAUUUCAGAGCGUCAUCUAAACUUUUGACACAGUGUAAUGCUGUGAACCUUUGCACUCCACAAUGAGAUAACACCCUGCUGGCAGUUAAACACUCCUUCCCUCUGUCCACAUUUCCUCAGUUACCCAGAGUGGCUCCUGUGACGUAUUGGUUUUCUGCUCGGCCUCCUCCUUUAAGCGUCGCAGCACACUGCUGGCAGUGUUCGUCUUUCCUCACUCCCUGCACACAAAGCAGCUGGCCGUUUUAUUGGCCUUCUAGCAGGAUCAGCUGAAUCCAGGCCCUUUAUUGGGCAGUCUGUGGUGUUAGCGAGAGAGGCAGAGAAAAGGCCUGGUACGAGCGCUCAAUUUGACUUCCUAAAUUCCACCAGGGUCCUUUCAGAGACGAAGGGAAACAUGAAGAAGACCCUCUUUGGGAAGCAUGCGCUGGUGGGGCAGAGGAGCAAGUCUGCCUCUCUUUGAGUUUCUUCUUCCGAACAGUUCAUCAGGAGGCUGUUCAGAGUUGCAUCAAUAACAUGACUGGGGCCUAAUUUUAGAUACAAAAGGAAACAUAGGGGCGGAGUUGUGUGAAUGGAAGUGUAUCCGACAUGAAACGUAUUUGCCAAAAUAUGUUAUGUUCACAAGUAAAUGAUUUAAAAGCAGGUACAUGAUUCAUUUUUGUUUUGUUUUGGGGAAAUCCCUGUCAUCCACAUGUUUUGUAAUCUAUUUACACUUUCUCUUUCCCACAAUUCAAAAUAGCAAUUUUGUUGAAAUUGAUUAAGCUACUUUUCUUUGGAGUCAGUUUGAGAUCAAUUUUCUCCUAUACUGUAGUAGAUAUAGGCCUGCAAUGCAUGGUGUGCAUGCUCGUUAAAUGUUGCUUUGAUGGACUGAAGAUAGUUCAAUCAAACCUUGCAUUUGCUCUUUCACUCUCUUUGAAAUAUUGAUUAGCUGGUCAAUCAUUUAGUAUGUUCCAUAAUGGCGUGCACUUGUGUUUACUGUGGUCACUGUUGAAUCAUUUUCUUGAACAUGUAUUUCUUUUUAUUGGACGGCCUGGUUGCAAUUCACAAGAUGAAAUACCUUCAAAUUCCCUAUCAAUAAUAUUUGAGAAGAUUAAGUGAAUUGGUGUACUCUGAAAUGGGGGCCUGAACACUGAGCAAUCGAGAUUAUGCAGACACCGUUGUGUUCAAGAUGGGGGGCUUACUCAACUAGGAGAGUGCCCCAAACUCUGAUGCACGCAAGCCUCAGCUAUUAUCGUCGGUAUUGAAACAGUUCGAAAGGAUCUCCGCGUGAGAUUUAGUGGAAAACGUCCAGCGACGCUCAAGUAGUUGAUGGCACGAGAGUAGGGUAGUUAGCAUUCUACCCUGGACAGCGACAGAUUGUUGCGCAUGCGCACCCUAUUGAGUGUGCAUCAAUACCGUGUGUGAGUUCAAGAGAGGAAUUCGAGAAAGCCUUUGAUAUGGUCGCAGACAUGGAUGGAGAAAAGCGGAAAAGAAGUAUCUGCUCACGGCAAGAGCCAGCAGCUGCACUGAAGAUCUUGAAAGAUGGGAACAACAAGCGUGACGAAAUCCCUGAUAGAGUGACUCUGAAAAAAGAAAUAGGACUUUUAAGCGCCUGUACAAUAAUCAUAGGGAACAUAAUUGGUUCUGGAAUCUUCAUCUCUCCUAAGGGGGUUCUAGAGCACUCGGGUUCAGUGGGUCUAGCACUGAUUGUGUGGGUACUAGGGGGCUGCAUAGCUGCCCUGGGUUCCCUCUGCUAUGCUGAGCUGGGGGUCACCAUCCCCAAGUCAGGGGGGGACUACUCCUACGUCACAGAAAUUUUUGGAGGCCUUGUUGGGUUUCUCCUCCUGUGGAGUGCGGUGCUCAUCAUGUACCCCACAACCCUGGCUGUCAUCGCCCUCACCUUCUCUAACUAUGUCCUUCAGCCUGUGUUCCCCGACUGUGUCCCUCCCUACAUGGCCACACGCCUGCUGUCAACAGUCUGUCUCUUGUUCCUGACCUGGGUGAACUGCUCUAGUGUGCGUCUGGCCACCAGGAUCCAGGAUGUGUUCACGGUGGGGAAGCUGGCGGCCCUGGGUCUCAUCAUAGUGGUCGGCCUGGUGCAGAUCUGCAAGGGCAACUACGAGGGACUGACGCCUCAUGUGGCUUUUGAGUUCAGCAGGACUCCCUCAGUUGGGCAGGUCGCUCUGGCUUUCCUCCAGGCCUCUUUCGCCUUCAGUGGAUGGAACUUCCUGAACUAUGUCACAGAGGAAGUGGUUGAACCGCGACGGAACCUACCUCGUGCCAUUUACAUCUCAAUUCCAUUGGUGACCUUUGUGUACACGCUCACCAACAUCGCCUACUUCUCCGCCAUGUCACCCGAGGAGCUGCUCUCUUCCAACGCUGUGGCCGUCACGUUUGGAGAGAAGCUCCUGGGGAUGUUCUCUGUCAUUAUGCCAAUCUCGGUAGCCUUGUCCACGUUUGGAGGCAUCAACGGCUACCUCUUCACCUCCUCAAGAUUGUGUUUCUCUGGGGCCAGAGAGGGACAUCUACCCAGCUUGCUGGCCAUGAUCCACUUUAAGAACUGCACCCCCAUCCCAGCUCUCCUCUGCUGUUGUACUGCCACCAUUGUAAUCCUGUGUAUAGGAGAGACACACAACCUGAUCAACUAUGUGUCCUUCAUCAACUACCUCUCCUAUGGAGUCACCAUCGCAGGCCUGCUCUACUACCGAUGGAAGAAGCCCAAACUUUACAGACCAAUUAAGGUAAACCUCCUUGUCCCUGUCACCUACCUGAUGUUCUGGGCCAUGUUGCUGGGCUUCAGUCUGUACUCUGAGCCAGUGGUGUGUGGUGUUGGGCUGGUCAUCAUGCUCACUGGUGUACCAGUCUAUUUCCUGGGGGUGCACUGGAAAUCCAAGCCAAAGUGUAUCUAUGACUUCAUCGAGUCAGCAACCUACGUGGCACAGAGGCUGUGUUUCGUGGUCUUCCCCCAGUUCGACCCCAUCGAGAUCAGUCCAAUCGAAGAAUGGCCUGACAAAUCUUCCAACAUUCUCUCUGGGAAGUCUUAAACUCUUUUUGCCUUCUGAAGUAUGUUUCUUUUUGUAUAUUCUGUCACUGUAUGAUGACAUGGUCCGUUCCUUUUAGUGGAGCCCCUUGUCUGGUCUUUGGUCACCUGAGACUCAUAUCCAUUUCUUUACUGCUAAGUGGAAUUGCCUGCGUUUUGAUGCAUGGGCCACUUGCAAAUGUUUUUCUUCUCUUUUUCUACUAAGUCGUCAAGUACAAGCUAAUGCCAACAGUAUCACGUUUUGAAACAGACUUCAUAUUCCCUAAGGAACUGUUUGUGCCUUUUCUGUAACUUUUCAACAUUGGCAAUAUUUUGGUUUUGACCUGAGAUUUACUGUGUAUCACUGUGCCUUAUAGGGAGAAAUGUGUUCCUUACAUGCUGACCAGAACGGACACGUCGCGUGCGCGAGCGUUGCAAAAUAAAUUUAGAAAUCCAUUUUAAUCAAUUAUUGUACCCACACUGCUCGCCCGCACCAACGAGUGUCUGCGUUGCCAAGGGCUGUCUAAAAUAGAAGUCAUUCCUAUUUCUGACGCAGAUCGUGCUUAAA